GAGCUGCUGGGUGAGCGCGAGGCCGCCUGCGAGCGCCUGCGCUUCGGCGCCGCGCGCGCCAAGCGCGCCGCAGCCUCCGCCGCCGCGGCGGCGGCGGCGGGGCGCCAGGAGCUGCGGCGCCGCCGGGACGGCAGCGAGCGAGCGGAGCGGG